AUGGUCACGUGCGUUCUAUAUUUAAAUCAUGACGUCAUACUUGGGACCCAAAACGGCAAAAUUGAAAGCGAACACGACGUCCGGCAGGCCCUUAUCAUCAUGGAAAACACACAGAGCACAAUCCGACCCCGAAAACCUCAUCGUAAAUCUCGUGCAGGAUGUGGAAAUUGUAAGAGGCGGCGAAUAAAAUGUGACGAGAAGAAGCCAGCAUGCUCCAAAUGCAUCCACCAUGCUAUCGAGUGCGACUUCCUUUCCACGACAGCUAUAUCAUCAGCUUCAUCCUCUGCAGCUCCAUCCCCAUCCAGAUUUUCAAAGACACAAUUCCGAUUUAAGCCUUCUAAAUACGAAUCUGGGGGAUUCACACCCAAGGAUGAAACAGGCCAGUCAUCUUCGCGGACAGUCUCCACGGAAGUUCAAUGCGAAAGCCCGAGCGCCCUGCCACAUAGUCAGGAUACCCUCUCAUUUGCCGACCUACGACUCUUCCACCACUUCGUCACAGAGACAUAUCGCACCAUAACGGACGAAGCAACUGACCGCAACCGAAUCUGGCAAACUCACGUUCCACAAUGGGGAUUCUCCUCACCAUCCAUCUUCCACCUCAUAUUGGCGCUAGCAGCCUUGCAUCUGGGCUAUCUUCACCGCGAGGUACGAGACCAGUAUGUGAUGCAGGCAGAUGACCACUUCACGUUUGGCAUUCGAUCUGUGUCGGCUAUUCUAUCGAGCCUUAACUCAGGGAACUGCCAGUCGAUCUACAUGUCGACAGUGCUAGUAUGUUUUGUCUAUUUCGCACACGGUCCAAAGCCCGGUGAAUACCUUGUUUUCAGUGAGACUGGGAAGGCGGAAUGGCUGGUUCUUAUGAGAGGAGUGAGAUCGAUUUUGAUGUCUAGUCGUGACAAAAUCUUUACCGGGGUCUUACAGAUUCAAACCGACCCUGCUAUUCAAGGCGUUAGCCCCUUGUUCCAAGAUGAGCUCGCGGAACAUCAGUCUCAUAUUAAACAACUUCAACGUUUUGUCGAAAAACAAACUGGCGGGAGUUCCAUGUGUCAGAUCUAUAUCGAAACACUUGAAAAAACGCUCCAAAUGUUCGAGGAAGCAUACCAGUGUCGAAGUGCUGGGAAGGAUGGUGUCAGCUUGAUGCCCUCUGUCGUCGGGUGGAUAUACACACGGCCUGAGGAGUUCAUCUGUCUUCUUGAGGAGAAGGAGCCACUUUCAUUGGUUGUUCUUGCUUAUUGGUGUAUUCUUUUAAAGUUCAUGAGAUCCUCAUGGCUUAUGAUCGGCUGGGAUCGGCAUGUCAUCGCAGGAAUUCGGGAGUGUCUAGGAGUUGAAUUCCACCGAUGGAUUGAGUGGCCUGUGGGUGUUAUUUGCGAUUGA